UUUACGGCUGCUGUGCUUCUCUUUUCCGCCGGCAUGGAGGGAGAGGAGUUGGAGAGGGAAAAUGUGGAGCAGGAGGCUCUGGAAGGGAUAGACGAGAAACCAGAGAAGGUGGAGGAGCAGGAGGAAUCCGAAGAGGCGGUUUGGGGCGCCAAAAAGAGGGUGGUGCCUGGUAUUGUGUACUUGGGCCACCUCCCGCCCCGCUUUCGGCCUUUGCAUGUACGGAACCUUCUCAGCGCGUAUGGCGAGGUCGGGCGCGUCUUUUUCCAGCCCGAGGACGGGUUCGUGAGGCGCAAGAAGAAGGCAGCGGCAGCCUCGACAGCGGGAGGCAAAAAGCGGUCCAAGUACAGCAAGGACUACACCGAGGGCUGGGUGGAGUUCCGGGACAAGCGAGUAGCCAAGCGCGUGGCGGCUAGCCUUCACAACACGCCCAUGGGGGCCCGAAAGCGCAGCCCCUUCCGUUAUGACCUAUGGAACCUCAAGUACCUGCACCGUUUCACGUGGUCCCACCUCAGCGAACAUCUCGCCUUUGAGCGCCAGGUGCGCAGGCAGCGCCUGAGGGCCGAGGUUGCCCAGGCCAAGCGUGAGACUGACUUCUAUCUUCGAAGUGUGGAACGGGGACAGCGCUUCCUUGCUGCUGAAGGGGACUCUGCCCGCCCGAAUGGCACCUGGACCUUUGCCCAGCGUCCUACUGAGCAAGAGCUGAGAGCCCGGAAGGCAGCUCGGCCAGGGGGACGCGAACGGGCUCGCCUGGCAAAUGCCCAGGACCAGGCUCGCUCCAACCGAGGGCUGCUUGCCAAGAUCUUUGGAGCCCCACUGCCUUCAGAGAGCAUGGAGGAGCCCUGAGUAGUCAAGGACUCCUGAAGGGCAGGGAGACCCUUUCCAUCUCCUGGCCCUGCUUCCUGUCCUUACCUGAUAACAACUACUGACAAUGAUUAUAUUAUCUUUCUAAGACCAGGAGUCUGGUGGGUGCUUAGGCAUAGAUGUCUUCUGGGGCUCUGGUCCCCCCUCCAACUCCUGUUGCCUGGCUGAAGCACCUAAUUCAGACUAGCAAGAGUAUGACUACUGCAGGAUGCCAGUUUUGCUUGAUUCUUGACUGUCUACUUCCUGCCCAGUGAGAUCCUCUAAAAAUCCCACUUCCUGGGCUGAGGAAGACCUUUUACUUAAAGCUAGAGUAAUAAGGCCUACUCCAGUCAGCUGUUCCACCAACUAUAGAUGAAGGGAAGCUGCAACAUCCUUUUUAUUUGAGAAGAUUAACAGGGCCUGGGGGUAAUGGGGUUGGACUGGGUUGGGAGCCACCUUCCAAGUAAAUGUAUAGAAAAGAA